UAUUUGUUUCUAUAGGUUUUUAUUCAUAAUCCUCAUACCCGUGGCCAGAGACCAGCCACAAAACGAAUGGUGCAAAGUACCCAGGAUUCAGACAUUUCACUUCUCAACAUUAAUCAAGGGAUCACUUGCCUAACUUCAGGAGUGCUGAAUCCUCAGCUUGGUUAUGAUUCUCUUCUGGUUGGAACACAGACUAAUUUGUUGGCUUACGAUGUGCAUAACAAUUCAGACUUGUUUUACAGAGAGGUUUCGGAUGGAGCCAAUGCAAUAGUUCUUGGAACACUAGGAGAUAUUUCAUCUCCACUUGCUAUUAUUGGUGGAAAUUGUGCCCUGCAGGGCUUUGAUUAUGAAGGAAAUGAUCUUUUUUGGACAGUUACUGGAGACAAUGUUCGUUCAUUAGCACUGUGUGACUUUGAUGGUGAUGGAAAAAAUGAGCUUCUUGUUGGCUCUGAAGAUUUUGACAUUCGCGUGUUUAAAGAAGAUGAGAUAGUGGCAGAAAUGUCAGAAACGGAGACUGUCACAGCGCUUAGCCCCAUGUAUGGCAGUCGAUUUGGCUACGCUCUUUCUAAUGGGACAGUAGGAGUUUACGACAAGACAGCUCGCUACUGGAGGAUUAAGUCUAAGAACCAUGCAAUGAGCAUAUAUGCUUUUGACUUGAACUCUGAUGGAGUAUGCGAGUUGAUCACUGGCUGGUCCAAUGGGAAGGUUGAUGCACGCAGCGACCGAACCGGGGAGGUCAUCUUUAAGGACAACUUUGCUUCCUCAAUUGCAGGACUGGUGGAGGGGGAUUACAGAAUGGAUGGAAACACCCAGUUAAUUUGUUGUUCAGUUGAUGGUGAAGUCCGGGGGUAUCUGCCGGGAGGCCAAGAAAUGAAAGGAAAUUUAAUGGAUUCAAGUGUUGAGCAAGACCUGAUCCGAGAACUUAGUCAAAAGAAACAAAAUCUGCUGCUGGAAUUACGAAACUAUGAGGAAAAUGCAAAGGUUGAACUGAACACUCAGUUGAAGGAAGCUGAUGGGCAGAGAGGUGUGAUUCCAGCGAACACCCAACUCCAGACUGCCCUGUCAGUUAAUCUGGGCUCUGACAGUCAGUCUGCUCAUGUGGAGUUGUGCAUUUCCACAACAAAUGACACAAUCAUCCGUGCCGUGCUGAUCUUUGCUGAGGGCAUAUUUGAAGGAGAGAGCCACGUGGUGCAUCCCAGUCUCCAGAACCUCUCCAGCUGUGUUCGUGUUCCCCUCACUCCACCCAAAGAUGUCCCUGUGGAUUUGCACAUCAAAGCCUUUGUGGGCUACAGGAACAGCACCCAGUUCCAUGUGUUUGAGCUGACAAGGCAGCUCCCUCGCUUUUCAAUGUACGCCCUGAGCAGCCCAGACUCGGCCACAGAGCCACUGAGCUACGUUAACUGUACAAUGAACGAGAGGGCUCAGAGGAUGGUUAUGUGGCUGAAUCAGAGCUUCCUGCUACCAGAGGACGCAGAGCUACAGAGCGCUCCCUUUCAGGUUUGCUUCACUUCCCUUCGUAAUGCAGGUCAGCUCUGCAUCAAAAUCAAGCCUGGCGGAGAGGUUUCUGUCAGCACGGAUGAUAUUGACCUAGCGGGUGACAUUAUCCAGUCGAUGGCCUCCUUUCUGGCAAUUGAAGAUUUGCAGGUGGAAGCGGAUUUCCCUGCAUACUUUGAAGAGCUGCGGAAAGUGUUGGUUAAGGUGGAUGAACGGCACGCAGUGAACCAGAGACUCACUGCCGACAUGGCCGAGCACUCCGGCCUCAUCCGCAGCGUGCUGAUCCAGGCUGAGGACGCGCGCCUCCUGGGAGACAUGAAGAACAUGAAGAAACGAUACAUCGAGCUGUAUGAUCUUAAUAGAGACUUAAUUAAUCAGUACAAAAUUCGUUGCAACAAUCACACUGAGCUGUUGAAUAAUCUGAAAGCUGUGAAUCAGGCCAUCCAGAGAGCAGGGCGGUUACGUGUUGGCAAACCUAAAACACAAAUCAUCACUGCUUGUCGGGAUGCAAUAAGAAGCAACAACUUUAACACGCUGUUUAGGAUCAUGCGUGUGGGGACAGCCUCCUCUUAAAAUGAUCAGAAGAAUUAGCAAUUGCACGAAAACA